UGGUGUUAAAACAAAUUUACGUUAUUAUCACGUUAACUUUUACAGCCCUAAUAUAUACAGUAUAUAUCCUUUUCCAAAAGGGACUUCCAAACAGUCACACACCACAAGUGAACGAGCACAACAUCCUGUAUGUCUGUAUGCAACACCAAAACAACUCUCUGAGACUCUCUGAGACUCUGUGAGACUCUCUAAGACUCUCUGAGACUCUGAGACUCCUUUCUGUCAUUACAUGUCUCCGUUUGGAGGUGUUCAGUGGGAGUUGUGGUUAAAGGCUGUACGAGUUCUUGACCACCUCCAGGCCAGACUGCUCCUCUAAACAUGGAAGUGUGAACUGAAUGAGGUUUGUGGUGGAAUCAUGGUUUCCUGUUAAUCAAGUGAAGAUGAAGCAUUGGAAGGAUUUUUCUUCCCGUGGAGCCGUGGAGUCUGAUCAACUAGAGGAAAUCCACAGAUGACUGCUGCUUUCUCCUGGCAAAAUCCGAUUUUUCUGUCUCACUAAUCCCUUGUCACAAUCUGCAUCCUGUAUAUCUCCCUCUCUCUCUCUCCCUCCGUCUCUCUCUCUCUCUCUCUCUCUCUCUCCCUCCGUCUCUCUCUGUCUCUCUCCAUCUCUCUCCGUCUCUCUCUCUCCGUCUCUCUAUCUGAGUGCAGCAGACCGUCCGACCCAUCCUGUCCUGUCAGGAUCCUGUCGGGCCGGUCCAGUAUCUGAUUGGGGAUCCUCCAUCACUACCAGACCUGGAUCAGAGGUGAUUACUAACUAAGGUGCACAGAUGAGUGAAGCCGAGGGGGGUUGAGAGGGACCGGUGGUGGGGGGGGGGAGGACAGUUUGGACGCUCUGAGCGAUGCGGCGACGAGCAUCAUGUCCUUAAUGAAAGGUGUGCCGCCGCCUUCGCUCCGAGGACUACUCGCCAGCAGCAGCCCUGCUCUGUGGUGGCACCGCCGGGCCAGCGCCGCUCUGAUCUGACCUGAACUGACCUGCCUGACUGCAGGGGCCCGGACGUGGACGGACGUGGACGGACAUCUCGGAGGCGUGGAAAAAAUGCGUUCGUGGUGGAUUUUACUGUUUGGCUUUUGGAGCGUCUGCGGGGAACUGCCGUUUAUAGCGGAGAACAACGCGGCGAUGCUGGUCAACUGGAACGCUGUCGAUGGGAACAAGAAGCUGUUCGCCAUCUACGACACCAGCGUCAACGAACCGGGCAACAUGUCCUACGUUAAAGAAACAGUAGACAAACUGCUGAAGGGAUACGACAUCAGACUGAGACCAGACUUUGGAGGUGCCCCGGUGGCUGUCGGGAUGAGUAUAGACGUGGCCAGUAUAGACAUGGUGUCAGAAGUCAACAUGGACUACACGCUGACGAUGUACUUCCAGCAGUACUGGAGGGAUAAGAGGUUGGCCUACGCUGGGAUCCCUCUCAACCUGACGCUGGACAACAGAGUAGCAGACCAGCUGUGGGUCCCCGACACCUACUUCCUCAACGACAAGAAGUCCUUCGUUCACGGCGUCACCGUCAAGAACCGAAUGAUCCGACUCCACCCGGACGGCACCGUCCUCUACGGACUCAGGAUCACGACGACAGCGGCCUGCAUGAUGGACCUGAGGAGAUACCCACUGGAUGAACAGAACUGCACUCUGGAGAUAGAGAGCUACGGUUACACGACAGACGAUAUCGAGUUCUACUGGAAAGGAGGCGACACGGCGGUAACCGGGGUGACACGCAUCGAGCUGCCUCAGUUCUCCAUCGUCGACUACAAACUGGUUUCCAGGAACGUCGUCUUUUCCACCGGUGCCUACCCUCGACUGUCUCUGAGCUUCAAGCUGAAGCGGAACAUCGGAUACUUCAUCCUGCAGACGUACAUGCCGUCCAUCCUCAUCACCAUCCUGUCCUGGGUCUCCUUCUGGAUCAACUACGACGCCUCGGCUGCCAGAGUGGCGUUAGGGAUCACCACCGUCCUCACCAUGACAACCAUCAACACCCACCUGAGAGAGACGCUGCCGAAGAUCCCGUACGUCAAAGCCAUAGACAUGUACCUGAUGGGCUGCUUCGUCUUCGUCUUCCUCGCUCUGCUGGAGUACGCCUUCGUCAACUACAUCUUCUUCGGACGAGGUCCUCAGAUGCAGAAGAGACUGGCUGAGAAGAUCCAGAAGGCCAACGACGACCGGGACAAGUUCGAUGGACCCAAGUCCCUCCUGGAAGGAGCCAAUUGCAGGUCUUCGUCCGUUAAACUGUCCAAUCAGGUACAAGGGCGUCGCCACUCACGGCGGGUCGACUCCCAGGGGAACAUUCUGCUGACGACCUUGGAGAUCCACAACGAGGUGGGAGGCAACGAGAUCACGACCACGGUGAGAGAGACGCGCAACUCCUCCUCCUCCAUGGUGUUCGACAAUGCGGGGGUCCAGUACAGGAAGCCAAGCACGCCGCCGGAGCCGGGCCACCUCAGUCUGGACAGGAACGCACAUCUGAAGAAGAGCCGUCUGCAGAGACGAUCGUCGCAGCUCAAGAUCAAAAUCCCAGACCUCACCGACGUGAACGCCAUCGACAGGAUGUCACGGAUUAUUUUCCCCUUCAGCUUCUCCCUCUUCAACCUCAUCUACUGGCUUUACUACGUCAACUAGAGCAGCGACCACCUCCGUCUAUCUGUGUGGCACUAAUGACUUCUUAAUGUGAAGAACUUCA